AUGAUUCGCCAAGGGUUGACAGAAGAAGUGGGAACCAUCUUUAAAAUGAUGAAAGAGCAAGGUAUUCAGGCCGAUGUUGCAACAUUCACAAUUGUCCUCGAUGGCUCUCUGAGCCAGCUAGAUGAGCAGUCUUCAGAAAAGCAAGUCGAGACUGUGAUGCGGGUUCUUUCUGAGAUGGAAGCCGCAGGGAUCGAGGCGAACAUGGAAACAUAUGGCAAAAUGAUGUAUCUGUUGCUGCGUGAAGGCGACAGGGCCAGAGACUCGGUCAAGGCCGUCUUGGCGCAUAUUUGGGGCAAGGGCUUGGAGCUCAGCUCCCAUAUCUAUACCAUUCUGGUGGAGCACUACUUUUCUCGCGAGCCUCCCGAUCUGGAUGCUGUUAGAGAUCUAAUCCAGAGCCGUGGCCUGGUAAAUAAGAGCGGCACCACUGACCUUGUAUUCUGGGAACGAGUCAUCAAGGGGUAUGCCCAUGCGGGCGAUACAGCUAGCGCUAUGGACAUUUUCGAGAGGAUUGAUAGCUUUGGUGCUGCAGUUACUCUUUCUACCCUGGAGGUCUUGCUUCGGGCUUUGGUUCAUUUCCGAGAGGCGGAACAGGCACAAAAGCUUGUAGACACGGUUCUGUCCCACCGAGACCGCUUCAUGUCUGACACCACCGGGAAUACUGACUCAAGGUUCUGGAGGCACGGUUUUUGGGGCUUUGCCAUGGACAACGGCCUCGUCAGAGAGUCAUUGCUUAGAGACUCUCGGUCGAAUGUAGAAUAG